CGCCUCUACUAAACUACUUACCUGGCCUCUUACUCCUUUAUCAUGGCUGGCGCUCGGUCAAAGCCUGCGUGGUUACUGCUUGCCAUUGCGAGUGGGGCAUGUGCAGCCUUCAAUGGCGUGUUUGCGAAGCUGACCACAACGGAGCUCACUACUUCCUGGGCAAGCGCAGUAUCUAAGGCUUUUGAUCUGAGUCCCUCGAACAAGGUUGUUGAGUUCUCCAUUCGCGGUAUAUUCUUCGGUCUCAACCUCCUCUUUAAUAUAGUGAUGUGGGGCCUCUUCACACGAGCACUCACCCUCGCAUCCUCCACCGUUCGUGUCAGCGUCAUCAAUACCUCCGCGAACUUUAUGAUCACCGCGGUCCUCGGCGCUCUCAUCUUCUCUGAAGCCUUGCCAGGCUUGUGGUGGCUUGGCGCUGCCUUGCUCGUAGCUGGAAGCGUAAUUAUUGGUAGAAGAGAGGAAGGAAACAAGGCUGCGGUAGAGGCGACUACGGGUAUCGAGCCACUCCUGGAAAGAAACAGCGGAGAUGGGGCCGGAUUUAAAGACGACGAUGACGAGCAAGACAGACAACAAGGGGUUGAAUUAGACAACGUCAAGGGUGAUGACGAUGAAGAGAGUGGAAAUGAAGAUGAAGAUGGGGUUCUAAAGUAAUGCAUUACGUCCACAUGAAUGGCAUCGACUGUCACGCGGUAAUUGACCUUGGAGUGCUCUCCGAACACAAGGCCCUAUCAACCGAUUAAUUGAGCCUGGGAUUUCAGCGUUGAUGCGGUCAAUUAAGCGGCCACUUCAACUCCAUAUUUCAAUUCCCACAUUCGUACUUGCCCAUAUACAUAAAAAAUUACGCAUCAUGCGAACAUCCGUGGAAGCGCAUAUCUUAC